AUGAGUGAUCAAAGACCAUACUUAUUAAGUCAAAAUAAAAGUGUACAUCAUUUCUAAAACACUUUCUUCAAAUAAGAACCAUCUCCUAGCAAAUCCCAUCGUAAAUAACUAGAAUAACAUGGAUCACCUAAUCAUUUAUCUACUUCUCUUUCCUUUUCAAAAUAACUUGCAAAUAAACCAAAAUAAGCAUAAUAAGACACUUCUUAUGUCUAUUAUCUUAUACAAUAAAUCAAAUAGAUGGAAUAAACAAUAGAAGAAUUAAAAUAAGAGAAUCAGUUAUUAAAAUCUCAAUAGAAGAUUGGAUAUCUAGUAUGAUUUAUUAUUAUAAAACAUAGGAUUUACAAUUUUAACAUAAAUAAAUGAAUAAAUAUCAUAAUAUAUUGAAGUCUGUUCAAUAAGUUAAAUUGGAUAAUAUAAAAUUAAGAAAAAGUAUAGAACAAAUGAAUUUGAUGAUGAAAAUCCAUUUGGCACCUGUGAAUGAAAUGUUUUAAUAGUUGAUUCAUCCAGAGAGUACAGCUAUUGCUUUUGCUCAUAAAGAUUCAAUAAAUCAUUAAUAGAAUGAUUCAAUAAAUGACUCAACAUUAAAUAUUAAAAUACAUGCUAAUAUAAACAAAUAUUAAAAAUGUAAAACUGAGACUUAACUCAAGGAUUAAAAAUGA